ACCCAACUCUGUCUCGCACCCAAAUCGCGACGCAGCUGGUGUCCGAUCCCGCCCCAACCUACCCGCCAACGACCGUGUGCAACCGCGCACCGUCGAUGCGUCUGCACGGCGGCGCGGGCAUGCUGCGCUUGCUGGGCUCUCGGCCGCCGCUCGUAUAGCGCUCGCACCGCGUCCUUGCCGGUGCUCGUCGUUGUUUGCAACAGCUGGGCGUUUACAUGACACGGACGUGGCAACGUCAUGGAAGUGAGUUGCGUGCAUUUAGCGUCGACGGUGACUUUGCCCUUUGGGUGCAUUCUUCAAUUCGCUUCGUACUACGACCAGCAGCAGCAUGGGCAACGCGGCCUCGGACAUCUCGAUCUUUGCCGACGGCGAAAUGGAGCACGAGUUUGCUGCGCACGGCGGCACGGGCGACGUCUCGGUCAAGGAGCUCAUCUCGGAGGGCUACAACAUGGUCAUUGACUCGGUCAUCCGCCCGCCGCGCGCCGCGUACGACCUCGACGAGCUCGGGCCCGAGAAGCUGACGCUGCACGACCCGCUUACGCAAGACGCCGUGUACGCCAAGCGCGUCGACUUUACGCUCCGCAACGAGCGCCACUUGAACCUCUCGUGCUCGCACUGGCAGCUGCUGCAGACCGACGAGCUGACGCCGCGGCCGAGCUCGUGCCUGAUCUACCUGCACUCCAACUUGGGCUCGCGCAAGGACGUGCUCAAGCUCCGCGACGAAGCGCUCGCGCUCGGCUUCUCGGUCCUCGCAUUCGACUGCUCUGGGUCAGGCAACUCGGAUGGCAUCUACGUCACGAUGGGCUGGAACGAGUCGAUGGACCUCAAGAGCGUGCUCGACCACCUGGAGGGAGAUGCGAGUGUCGUCGACGUCGUCUUGUACGCGCAUAGCAUGGGCGGGUACCCCGCGCUCCUCAACAUUGCGAGCCGCGCCCAGGACAAGACGCACGAAGUGGCCAUCGCCGGCGCCAACGUCGACGCGAUUCCCGCGCCGUUCCGCCGCAGCAACAUGACGCCGUACACCAAGCCGAUCCGCGGCCUCGUCCUCGACAGCGCGUACAGCACGAUGGACAUGGUCACGGACGAACUCGUCAUGAGCGUCCGCCAAGAAGGCUUCCAAAUCCCGAAAAUGCUUCUCAAGACGGCCACGAAAUGGGUCGAAAAGUCGGUCGAGAAGCGCGCGGACGUCGACCUCAGCGUGCUUCGACCGGUCGAGUUUGCGCCCAUGUGCAAGGUCCCCGCGCUGCUCGUCUAUGGUCUCAAGGACGAGUACAUCAUGCCCGAGAACGCGUUGGAGCUCGACGCCAAGUACGCAGGGCCGCAUGCGACGAUGGCGCUCGACGUCGACCAUUACGCCAAGCGCGACCUCGACUCGUACCGGACGUCGCUCCUCUUCCUCCGCGUCGUCGUCACCAAGCUCAACGAAGCCAACUACGAAGCGACCUUGUCGCCGCACUUCGAGGACGAGCUGCGCCGCAUCAAGGGCGCCGUCUUUCGCAAGUCGACCGUGUAAUCUGCAUGACACCUUGAUUUUUCAGUCGACUAUGCAUAAGGAUGGACAGACUAAUAGCCAAAACGACAGAAUAGUGUACAAUAUCGUCUAGUGUCAGUAGUAUUUCCGAGUUACCAG